AUGAACGACAGAUCUCCAAAACAUCAAGAAAAAACUUCCCCUUCUGCUGAUUUAGAAUGUGAUCUCGAGAAACACAAAGAACAAACCCCAACCCAGCCAGUCUUCCCAGAAGGUGGCAGAGACUCAUGGCUGACUGUUCUCGGCGCGUGGUUCCUGGUAUUCGGAACUUUUGGUACAGCAAAUACCUUUGGUGUCUUUCAAUCUUACUAUGUUACUACCAAAUACAUCGGUCGAGAUAGUUCAGAUCUCGCUUGGGUCGGUUCCUUACAGAUGUUCUUACUCUUCAUGAUGGGCGGUGUAUCCGGCCCUCUUUUCGAUAAGGGUUAUUUUUACCCUCUCGUGGGAUCAGGAGCAGCAAUCCAUAUCUUCAGCUUUUAUAUGGUUUCACUGUGCAAACGGUUCUGGCAAACGUUCCUCGCCCAAGGUGUACUCGCCGGUAUCGGCAUGGGUAUGAUCUUCGUCCCCGCACUUGGAGUUGUCAGCCAAUACUUCAAGGCGAAGCGUGGAUUAGCAUCAGGUAUCGUAGUCACAGGAUCUUCCGCAGGUGGUGUCGUACUGCCCAUCAUGCUGAACAAGCUCAUCGAAAAGCACGACUUUGCCCGUGGGGUUCAAUACACGGGUAUACUCCUUGCAGGCUGUGUCGUUGUUGGUAUCGCCCUCAUCAGACCCUUUCGUGGUGUGAGGGGGCAUAAAGUUGUCGAUGGACCCAAGCCCGAUCCCAAAUCGUUCUUUAAAGAGCCUGGCUAUGUAGCUCUGUGCAUUGGGGUGUUUUUCGUCGCUUGGGGAGUCUUCUUCCCUAUAAUCUUUCUACAGUACUUCGCCGAGCUCAACCAUACAUCCGAGAGCCUUACCUUCUAUAUGGUCGCUAUACUCAACGGAGCGUCAGUUGUCGGUCGAACAUUACCAAACCUCAUCGCGGACAAGCUCGGAGCCCUCAACCUGAUGACAGUCAUGUCCUUCCUCACAUCCGGUAUAUGCUUCGCCUUCUUCGGUGCGGCCAGGAGCACAGCAGGUCUAGUAGUCGUUGCGAUCCUCUAUGGGGCUUUCUCGGGAGCUUUUGUUUCCCUACUAGCCCCAGCGGUAUUCUCCAUGGCAAAGAGUCAGCAAGAAGUGGGAACGAGGAUCGGUAUAUCUAUGAUGGCUUUGGGUGUAGCCGCGUUGACUGGCAGUCCACUAGGAGCAGCCAUUCUCGACUCGAGAGGGUAUGGAGCAUCGAUCGCAUGGAGCGGAUCAAUGGGGGCGGCAGGUACGGCUUUGUUCGCAGUGGCUACGUACUUUACCGCGAGGAGCAAGGGUCAUUGGAAGGUGUAG